AUGAGUUCUCAGACUCCUGAAUUGAAGAUUUGUUAUCGAAAUUCACCGACUCAGGAACGAAAUGAAUGUCUUCGAGAAAGUAUUUCAAAAAUAAUUCCCGUACUUAAAAACGGAUAUCCAGAAUUCAAUAUCCCAUCAAUUGAUCCCUUUUAUCACGAUAAAACUCAUUUCGAGUACAAACAAGGAAUUUUAACCGUAAACCUCAACACCAAAGAUAUGAUUGUCAAUGGAGUUCGCUUCAUUAAAAUUAAAGAAGUUCGUUCAAAGGCAAAUGACAAAAACAUUUACGUUGAAAUCGAUGCCGAUUUCGAUCGUCUCGAGAUGUUGGCAGAUUACAAAGGCAACGCUGUCUUAAGUGAGCUAAAUGUCAAGUCGGGAGGAAAGCUAAACCUAACAGCUGUCGAUAUAACGACGACAUUAAAAAUUUUGGGAAAAAUAAACAAAAGCGAAAAUAGCGGUUUUAUCGCUAUCAAAGGCAUUGAUUUGUCAAACAUAGACACGAAAAAAAUGAUAGUCCACGCAACUGGAUUAUUUCCUGAUCCGGAUGUCAAUCAGUUUGCUGUUGAAUUUAUCAAUCAGAGCUGGAGGUAUUUGUUCGAACAGCUGAUUCCGGAAAUAAAGAAAAUAUGGCUGCCAAUGUGUGAAAUUGUAGCCAAAGGAUUCUUUGAAAAUGUUCCGUAUGAUGUUUUGAUGCCUAAGAAAAAAUAA